CUUGACUCGCCGGCAACCCCUUUAAUAUUUUUUAUCCAUCUUAAGUUCUUUCCCUAAUCGUCUUCUCCUUUGAAAUAAACAGCAUUUACAUUCAAACCAAUAUAAAAACUUCUUCAUUUCAUUUUCUCUCUCCUCUGGAUUAAAAUUUCUCUCUCUUCUUCUUCCUAAAACCUUAAAUCUCUUUAUCUCCAGUUCCAAUCUUCUUCUCCUCGCGCAUUCAAAUAUGUCUUCGGGAAGCACUGUAAAAGUCAGCAAUGUUUCUCUAAAAGCAUCUGAACGAGAACUCAAAGAGUUUUUUUCUUUUUCUGGUGAUAUUAUCUAUUUGGAGACGAAAUGUGAACAUGAAGAUUGCCAGACUGCAUAUGUUACCUUCAAGGACAUUCAAGGAGCUCAAACAGCUGUUUUACUAACGGGCGCAACUAUAGUUGACAAGACAGUUGCAAUUACUUUGGAUCCAGAUUACGAGCUCCCUCCUGGUGCUUUAGCUUCUCCAGCUGGUGCCCCCGGAGGCGCUCAAGCUGCUCUUAGAAAAGCAGAGGAUGUUGUUACCAGCAUGCUAGCGAAGGGCUUUAUCUUAGGGAAAGAUGCAGUAGGCAAGGCAAAAUCCUUCGACAAUAAGCAUGAGCUAACGUCAACAGCCUCUACUAAAAUUGCAUCUCUGGACCAGAAGAUUGGUCUUACUGAGAAGAUUAGCAUGGGUACUUCUGCUGUCAACAACAAAGUGAAGGAUUUGGAUCAGAAAUAUCAGGUGUUGGAGAAAACAAAAUCAGCUUUUUCUGCCGCAGAGGAAAAAGUCAGUAUUGCAGGGUCUGCUUUAAUGAAGAACCGCUAUGUUUUUACUGGUGCUACCUGGGUAACCGGGGCUUUCAACAGGGUGGCUAAAGUAGCCGGUGAAGUCGUCCAGAAAACAAUCGAGAAAGUUGGGAUGGCAGAAGAUGAAAAGAAGAGGAAAAUCGUGGAUGAUUUUGCUCACAUUCACCUGUCAGAAUCUGACUCACCUCACACUGAAUCCCCCAAAUGCGUAUCAGCACAAAAAAAUGAAUCAUCUCCAAAGGCCGAAUCAUCAACGAAAGCUGAAUCAUCACCGGAAGCCAAAUCAUCACCCACAGAUGCUUCCCCCACUGAAAAGCAGCAACCUACAAAGCCUGAACCAGCUCAAGGUUUUAUCUUUUGAUAUCCGUAAUGUAUAUAUUUUUGGCCCGAUAAUUAUAUUACCUGUUAUUGCCGUUAUUGAAUCAACUUUUUAGAGAUUAUUAAUAUAAACGAGGUUGGCUUUUAA